UACAGGUGAACUGGCACGCGAUAUCAGACGAACGUCCGGUGAAAAUGUUUACAGUUUCUAACCGUUAGAGAUGAUAUAUUCACGUUAUUUUUAAUUUUUGGAAAAUAUUUUAGAGUUACAGUGCCAUGUCAUCAGCGGACGAUGAGUCCGAAAGCGGAGACGAGUUUACAUUGUGGGACAUCAGAAAUAAUUUGGAUACAGAACCAUUUGAAGUCAUUCUUAAAGGGGGGAGUCCUUGGGGCUUCACCAUAACUGGUGGGGCCGAGGUCAGGUCCCCGAUACAGAUAUCAGAGAUAGCAGAAAAUGGAAAGGCAGAGAAUUGUAAACAGAUUCAAACAGGAGAUUUUUUACUAGGUGUUAAUGGUAUAAAAUGCGUGGCUCAGAAUGAAGCUGUGGAACUCAUUAAAGGAGCAUUCAGGACUCUUACUCUCACAAUUUGGAGGUAA